UGUGUGUGUAUAAUGUGGACGAAGUAUACCAUAAAUACCGUGAAACUAGUUACAUUUUUACCGUAUUCAGGGUCGAAUUUUUAAAAGAAAACCCUAGAGGGAAAAACUACUCCUCAUGAAACUAUCAUAAGUAUUUAACUUUUGUAAUUUUAAAUCAAUCGAAAUUGUUUUUUUGACCUCUGAAAAGUUUUGACAUUAAUAUAAGUUUUCUGUUUUUUAUUCAUAAUAUUCACGGUAGUUAUCGUAAAUCGGCAGCACUGACAUCAUCGGGUUCACCACUACUGAGUGUAUUGCACUAAGAAAUAAUUAUUAUUGUUAACACUAUUUUUUUCCUUCUCGUGUUAGCUCACUAUUGUAGAUUAGUGACAACAAUGAUUUCCGUACAAUUUAUUUUCUUUUAAUUUGUUCAUAAAUGUCUUAGUUAUAAUUACUUUUUGUGAAUAAUUCAUAUUAAUUAUUAGUGUUGUAAUUUAUACUACUACUACUUAUUAUUUUAUUUCUCAUUACUUAAGAUUGUUUUACUAAAUGUGUCAGUGUUUUUGCUAUAGUCUAAGUCAAGUCUUAAUAUCAACUUCAACUGUGACAAAUUGAUCUAAAGAAAAUACGUUAUCAUUAAAUAUUUAAGUCAUUAUUGCUGAGCUUAAGCAUGAAUUCAUUAAAGUACAUCUUUCAAGUGUGUGAAAUAAGCGCUUAAAGAAUUCAGGUUAGUACGAUAAUACUACUGGGCAACUAUGAGUAUUACGGUGACUACCAUAAAUCCUGUGUCAACGACCAUCAAAGAGAUGCCUUUAUCUCGAAAUCGACCACAUAUAUUGCUAUCAAAUAGCAGUAAUAAUAAUAGUAACAACAACAUUGGUACGUCAAGUACAUCAAAUGAUUCAUGCAUAUCACAGUCAGAUUGUAGUAGUGAUCAUUUGCCUUCUUUACUUAAGUAUUCACAGAUUUUAGAAAAAUCUAACUCAAAUAAGCUGAUAAAGAAGUGUUCAAAACAGCAACCUGGCUCUCUUGAUAUUUUUGUAGAUAAAAUUCAAAAACCUAAUAGUAUAGAUUUAUAUGUAGAGAAUAAAGACGUUUUAUAUAAUGUUAGUAAAUCAGCAACAGCUUGUUUACAGCCCAUAAUCCAUACCAAACAGGAAGAAACAGUAAAUGGACAAAGUACCAAAAAAGCUAAUCCUAAUAGUAAACCUAAAAAAAAAGGUUUUACUCCAGAUUACAUUUGUAGUAAAUACAGUAGUAGUUUAAGUAAAUUUGAGAAAAUGGAAAUAUUUAGUUUUCCUGAAGUAUAUUUUUUUGGCAUUGAAGCUGAAAAAAAAACUGGACCUGUAAAUGGUACACACUCAUUUUAUGACAAUGAACAAGGAGGGUACAUAUUUGUUGCCCAUGACCAUGUUGGUUAUCGGUAUGAACUGCUCAAAGUAAUUGGUAAAGGCAGUUUUGGACAAGUAGUUAAAGCUUAUGAUCAUAAAUUAAAUGAAUACGUAGCACUUAAAAUUGUUAGAAAUGAGAAACGAUUUUAUCGACAAGCUCAGGAAGAAAUCAGGAUAUUGGAACAUUUACGUAAGCAAGAUGUGAAUAAUUUAAUGAAUAUUAUACAUAUGUUUGACAGUUUCACAUUUAGAAAACAUAUGUGCAUUACAUUUGAGCUUUUGUCAAUUAAUCUUUAUGAACUAAUUAAAAAGAAUAAGUACCAAGGAUUUAGUCUCCAGUUAGUACGAAAAUUUAGCCAUUCGUUAUUAGUAUGCCUUGAUGCAUUAUAUCGUAAUAAAAUUAUUCACUGUGAUAUGAAACCUGAAAAUGUUCUUCUCAAACAACAUGGACGAAGUGGAAUUAAGGUUAUUGAUUUUGGUUCAAGCUGCUUUGAAAACCAAAGGGUAUACACUUACAUUCAAAGUAGAUUUUACCGUGCACCUGAAGUGAUAUUAGGAGCAAAAUAUGGACUACCUAUUGACAUGUGGAGUUUAGGAUGUAUUCUUGUUGAACUAUUGACUGGUUUUCCAUUAUUUCCAGGUGAAGAUGAAACAGAUCAGUUGGCAUGCAUCAUAGAGCUUCUUGGAAUGCCUCCAAAAAAAUUGUUGGAUGCUUCUAAACGUGCUAAUUAUUUCAUAAGUUCUAGAGGAUAUCCAAGGUAUUGUACUCAAACAACAUUACCUGAUGGUACUACUGUUCUUAAAGGAAGUAUAUCCCGUAAAGGAAAACCUCGAGGACCGCCAGACUCCAAAGACUUAUCUAAAGCGCUAAAAGGCUGUGAUGAUCCACUGUUUAUAGAUUUUAUUUCUCAAUGUUUGGAAUGGGAUCCGGAUCGACGUAUUACUCCAGCUAUGGCACUCAGGCAUAGCUGGUUGCGUCGUAGACUUCCUCGACCUCCAGCUACUGAACAUCAACAUUAUUCUCAAGAAAGUACUCCUACUAGUUUACGUGUUAAACUUUCUGAAUCGAACCAUCAUCAAACUUUGCCUAUGCAUUCCAGGAGUUCUCAAAUAUCGAGCAAAUUGCCUCAGAUUACAUCUACAUGCAUUAUGUAAGAAGUUAUUUGAUCAUAUUGUACAUAUUUAUUAUGGUUGUAAUUCCUGAUUGAAGGUAAUCCUAAAUAAAUUUAGACUUGUAGAUUAAUUAUUUAUUAAGAAACUAAAAUUUGUGAAUUAUUUGUUGAAUUAGGUAUUUACCGAUUAUAGGAUCUCUAGAUCGGCAUAAUGUUAUGUUUGUCUCAACUAUAUUUUAAGAUUUUUUUUGUACUCCAUUAAUUUUAAAAUUAGAAAUAUUUAUGAUUAUAAUUUAAAAAUAACAUUUUUAUACUCACAUAAAUUUUAAAUACUUGGCAAAAUUUUCAUCUAUAAUUUUGUAAUUAUGAUUUAAUUUAAAAAAUGACUAUUACAUAAUUAAUUUGAUUUAAUUAUAAUAAUUAUUUAUUAAAAAUGCCUUGUUUUGUAUUUAGACAAUUCAUAAAAAUUAUUAGAUCUAGGUUUACUUUUUUUCUAUUUGUCAUCCUCACAUUUUUUAUAUUCAUUGUGACUUCAAAUCAUUAAGUAAAAUGUUGUAAAUAUCAAAUUUGUAGUAUAACUGUUUCACUGUGGUGAUUUUUAACAAUACCCAAAACCAUAGCAUAAUUUCCAGAUGUUAACUGAAUAUGUUUUUCCUAUGUUCAUAAAUGUUACAACUGUACAAAUAAUACAUUAAUGUGUGUAUUAUUUUUAUUAGACUGUUAGUUAAUUUGAAUAUAUUUGCUAAUUAAAUAGAAAUAAUAUUUUUCACCGUAUUAUUUUACACUUAUGUAAUCAUCAGGUAAUUUUACAGAAGUAUAUAUAAAUGAUAUAUUUUCAUUUGUAUUAUGUUGUAUGAAAAAAAAUUUUGUUGCCUGAUCUGUUUGUCUUAUAAAUUUAUUUAUUUAUUUUCAUAAAUUAUUUAUUGUUGUGAGCUACUGAAAACAGUUAUUAGAUUUAAUUAUGUUACUAAAAAGUAAAUUAAAGUUAAAAAUGAUGAUUGUAUGGAAUUUUCAUUGUGUAAUAAACUAUAUCUUGUAUAUUAUUAGAACUUAGAAAUUGAUUAAAAAUGUGAUUAAAAUAUAACAAGUUAUAUUUAUUUAUUAAAAUUGUGCAGAAUCCAGAAAUGUGUCUGAAUCUCCUAAAUGGUUAACCAUUUUGGAGUAUUUAUACUUUAUUAUAGAAAUUAUUUUAUGUAAUUAGAA